AAUCCCAUGCAGCAAACGGCUCAUGCAGCAAAAUAGUUGAUGUAAACAAAUCGUGAAUUCUCACAAUCACCUUUUUUAUCAAAACCAGUUCUGUAAAUCGUGUAAAACCUAUAGCAAAAUGUUGAGUGGCACCGGCAAAGCUAGGACAUUGGUGCGACUCGCGGGAUCAGCAAUCCGUCAAAAGGCGGUUUGCAAUUGCGCUGCAGCGUACGGCACGGACGUGUUCCGGAACAGAAACUCAGAUGGCAUGCUUGGACGAGUGUUACUACGUAACCCUAGCGCUCCGGUGAUGCAGUGGAAACGGACCAUGUUCAUACAAACGCAGGACACACCGAACCCGCACAGUUUGAAGUUCCUGCCCGGCGUUACCGUUCUGGAUGCCGGACAAACGAUGGAUUUCCCCAACGUUUCGUCCGCCCAGUGUAGCCCACUGGCGAAGCUGCUGUUCCGCAUCGAAGGUGUACGCUCCGUAUUUUUCGGAGCCGAUUUUGUCACAAUAUCGAAGGUGGAGGAUGCCGAGUGGUCCAUCAUUAAGCCGGAAACGUUCGCCGUGAUAAUGGACUUUUUCGCCAGCGGUCUACCGGUGGUGACCGGGGCUAACCCGAACAACAGCACGCAGAUCAACGAGGAUGACGAUGAGACGGUGCAGAUGAUCAAGGAGCUACUGGAUACCCGCAUCCGGCCGACCGUGCAGGAGGAUGGUGGAGAUAUCAUCUUCAUGGGCUUCGACGAUGGGGUGGUGAAGCUGAAGAUGCAGGGUUCCUGCUCCUCCUGUCCGAGCUCGAUCGUGACACUGAAGAACGGGGUGCAGAAUAUGCUGCAGUUCUACAUCCCCGAGGUGGUGUCGGUCGAGCAGGUAACGGAUGAGGUAGACAAGAUGGCGGAAACGGAAUUCUCGAAGCUCGAGAAACAGAUUCGCCAGAAGGAUGAGCAAUCGAAUGAAAAAUCUUGAAUCAUUUGUUAUGUAAGAUGAUGCUCCUUGGUCUUACGUUUUAGCGUAAUGUGUUACCGCGCUGUACUCAUGUGUUAGUAGAAAAUAAUAAAAGCCCGUUAUAAAGUA